GUAUUCUUGAACGUGUAAUGUGAGCGUUGGUUACAUACGGCAGGCAAAAUUAGGUGUAGGUCGGUAAAUGUUUUGAGUCUCCGAAAGUAAAUUUAGUUAUCGUCCAAAUGUGUAGUUGUAUUCACAGGAAAUGAGUGGCUGCGAUAUCAUCACAUUGUCUUCGGACGAAGAAAACAGUCCAUUGUUUCAGGAUAAAUCUCCAUUGAAACAGGUGACAGGGAAACUUGAAUCUUCAAACAAGUUAGAGAGGCGACAGACAACAGAUGACGAUAUACAUCAUACUAAUAAACCACGUAAGAGGAUUCAUCCUGUACAUCUAAGUGGGGAACUGAAGGUAGAAAAGGAAAGUGAAGCCAAAUUCUGUAUGCAGAACCUUAAACUUUUGCCAAAUGAGAGUGAAGAACAUGGAAAUAAAACUGUAUUUGAAAAGUUCCUGAAACUUUGUUGGCAGAAUAAUAAAAGCCCAGAAAUGGAAAAAAUUCUCCAGAAAGCACGCAUUUAUUACUUGAAGACCAAGCCUGCUUAUGUUUCAUCACAGGAAUUCCAAGACUUGGUAAUGUGUAAGAUGGAUGCGAUAAUAAAAGGACCUUCCAACAUAUAUGUGUAUAUAAAAGACGUUGUUGAUGAAAUGAAGAUUCGAAGAUUGAAGCAACAUGGACCACCUAGUAAAAUACAAAAAACUUCUAAUGAUCCAUUUGUUAGUUGUGGUAAUUUGAAUGUGAUGGGACGAGAAACUAGUAGCCAUGCUAAAGAGGAGGAUAAAGGUAUAGCAGGAAGAGAUGACUUAUCUACAUUAAUGAACUGUGUAGAAUCUAGGUACACAGACAGAAAAAUUAAGAAACUCUCCAAAGCUGUGGAGAAAUUACAUAAACGCAUUGUGAAGCUGGAGGAAAAGGAGGUUGAUUUUGAUGAAGAAAAUGAUUCUGCAUUCAUCAGACUAGAGAGGUACAAAGACAGAUUCUGUAAGGUAUACCAAAAGCUCUGCGAGUUGACAGGAGAUUCAGUUGGAUAUAAAGCAAAUCGUAGAAGAAUUGUAUUUUCAGGGACACGAUCAUCGGAGAUAAACAGGUGCAUUGAGAAGUUUGUGAACAAAACUGGCCAGUUUCCUGAUUUCCAUGAUAUCUUGUCAUUGGUGAAAACUGUUCAAACAGAUGUAAAUAUGAGACCUGAAAAUUUGCGAUGUAUAGCAGAAGAUGCAUUCCUGUUAGUUGGGAAGCAGUUGCAGAAGCAACGGCAAUAUGAGUCAUGGGAUUCGGUGUCAGUUUUCCUCAAGGAUCAAGCUGAUCCUGCUGAGAGUGAUCCUGAUCUUCAAUCCAAAUUGCAGACUAACUACAAGGAAUAUUCUUCACGUAUUCAGAAUGUAAUUGACAGCUUUGCUGAAAAGCAGGUUAUAGACAAAUUGGAGGCGGAAGAAGUAGCAGAUGAUUAUGUGAACAAAAGUGAAGAGAGCGGGUCAAAUGAUGAUGAAGAAGAAGAGGAAAAAGACUUUGUAGACAAGGUCCUGAGAGGAGAAGGAAAGUUUAGCUCGGAUGAAGAUACAAAAUCAGAGAAACAUGAAGAGAAUGGAAAAAGUGGCAAAGAUGAUUGCAAAAGUAGUCAUGUAUUACCUGACCAAGAAGUGGAUAUUUUAGAGCAGACAAGUAACCAUGUACAUUUACAGGACCACCAAGCGGCACAUACUCAAAACUACUCUAGACCACCGUCUGUUAAAGAUAUUCUCCAGAGUAGACGUCUUGGACCUGUAUCACCCCCUGUCUUAGGAGAAGAUUUAAGUAAACAUGAAUUUUAUUAUGUGGAACUACCAUCCAUCAAAGAUAAUACCACCUAUGAAGAAAAUGCAAGUUCUCCAAGUGACACAAAGUGCAGAUUGCCAUCGUCUCAUUUUAAUCAACAUGAUUCACUUGUUUCUGAGUCACUUUCUCCACCAUUAUCCCUUAUGCUUCAUUCUGAACAGUACAAAAAUUCAGUUUCCGAAUCAUUAACAAUGCCAGAUCUUAUUAAUUGUGAUGAUGUAUCUCACCAUCCAGAGCAAGAAAACACACUCAAAAUUGAUUCAUCCUUAAGUACAGCUAUUCAAGAACAUGCACAUUUGCAAUCUUCUUAUUUACAGCAAUGUAAAAAAUUAAAGCCUGAAUUAUCUUCAGCUUCUGUUGCUGAAAGUGAUGAUGACUCAUCACCUUCCCACUCAAAACAGUGUGACAUACCAAAAUCCCAGGCAUCUUUACCUACAUUCAGCAUUGAGGAUAAUGCUGAUGAGGAAGACAGGACUUCUCCUUCUUUGUUGCAUCCAGAUACGUGUGACUUUGAUUCCAUUGCAGAAAAUUCAGAUACAGUAACUAUAAUACCAAGUAACAUAAAUUUUGAUAGAAAGAAGUCAAAUGGUAAGCAUAAUUCAGACAUUUGUGUGCACACAACAGCAGAAAGGAAUGUAAUUAUUAGCAAAUUUGGGGUCACAGAAAUGAAGGUAAAGUCAGACACAAAUUCUGUGAUUGCUCAUACUGAUGGGAAAGUAGAACCACGUGUGCGAAAGUUUGUUCGGAAAGUAGGCAGUCCAUGUCACAAACAGAAACGUAAAAGUAUGAAACCAGUUGCUCCUGAUGUAAUUACCCUAGAGUGAUAUAAUGUUUUUAUAGAUCACUGGCCGAGUUUUUGGUAAUUGUUUUCAUGCCAUUUUAAUUUGUCUGAAAGAUCAUAUUUAAUCAUUAUCAUUUGCAGUGCAAAACAAAAUAAAUGAGAAUCACAGUUUUCUUCCUGUUCCUGAAAAUUUAAAAAUGCGAGUUUUAAUUAAUGCUUUAAUUUCUUUCCAUACAUUACAUAAAUUUUCUCAUUUGUCAUUCAUGAUACCCUUAAACGAUAUGGCACAAAUCUGUGAUACUGUUUUUGUUUCUCCUGAGUCAUGCUGUAGCAGAGAUGAUUAAUUGCCAGGUUUUUGCUGUUGGGGCCUGGGUUCACUUCCUGGGCAGUCCUUAUGGGAUUUGUGGUCAUCAAAGGGGCAAAAGAUUUUUCUGAGUCCUUUGGUUUUCUCCUGCCAGUAUUAUUUCACCAGUGCUCUGUAUUCAUUCGUAUCUGGUGGGGAGUGGACAUUUUGCUUAUUUGUGGCCACAGUUCCACAGAGACCUAGUCUCACCCAUCAUAAAACUUCUCUUGAGGUUAGAAGUAGAUGGUCACUCACGUGCACGUUGUGUAUCAAGUUCUUAGAAUGGAACUUUAACCCCUCGUAUGAUUUGUUGGAAUGGUGCUUAGGCCGAGCUAAUUUGUGUGUGUAUAUAUAUAUACCAGAAAAUUGUAAAUAAAUGUGUGUGUAUGAAUUCUGUA